AUGCCGAGGUACGUUCCCCCCGGCUCCCCCCUCGGCGCUGGACAUCGGGCGCGUGUCGUGCCGCGCGGUGUACCACAGCGCGCGGCGGGCGGGCGGCGCGCUGCGCGGGUGGUGGGGCGCGGCGCCCCCGAGGGCCGCGCGGGCGCUGGAGCGGCUGCUGAAGGCCUACGUCUCGCCGCAUCUCAUCAAGGAGCAGCUGUCCGCCGUACGUUCCCCCCGGCUCCCCCCUCGGCGCUGGACAUCGGGCGCGUGUCGUGCCGCGCGGUGUACCACAGCGCGCGGCGGGCGGGCGGCGCGCUGCGCGGGUGGUGGGGCGCGGCGCCCCCGAGGGCCGCGCGGGCGCUGGAGCGGCUGCUGAAGGCCUACGUCUCGCCGCAUCUCAUCAAGGAGCAGCUGUCCGCCGUCAGUGCCGGAGCUGAAGGUUUAGAAGAUGCCGAGGUGACCGUCCACCCGUCGACCAACGAGGUGGUGGUGACGUACCUGGUGGAGGACCGUCCUCUGGAGCUGUCGGUGUCGCUGGGCGCGGCGCACCCGCUGCCGCCCCCGCGCGUCACGGCCGCGCGCGCGCCGCAACACACCACGCACUGGCUGGCCGUGUAUCUGGCCUAUCAGAAUGGCACCGUCCUAAACGCGAUCCGCAUGUGGAUGGACACCGUCGCCAAGCGCGUGGAAGCCUCCCCGCAGUGCUACAUCUGCUACUGCCGCCUGCAGCCCUCCACAGGCCGCCUGCCCAAGGUGGUCUGCCACCAGUGCCGCAACAAGUUCCACGCCGAAUGCCUGCGCAAGUGGUUCCAAACGUCGAGCAAAUCCAACUGCCCGCUGUGUCGCGCCAACUUCUAGGCCCCACGAGGCCUGCAUGAGGCCUGUACAAGUGCACAAGGUCUUUGUGAGGCCCGCUCAUCACUUCACUUACAUGCUUACUCCAACCCGGGUUUUGGAACUUAGUGUCGUCUGAGCUAACACCAUCGAGACACUUUUAAAAUCAUCAUGUUUCAACAAUCGCGUUCGUGUUAACCCUUUUUCAGGUCGAAAAGGUGUAGAUGGUUUUACAAAAAUCAAGGAAAUGUGAUUUUUUGCGAAAGUGCAAUCCGAUUUGGCAUUAAAGCAAAGGUCACAGAUUGAAUUUAUUUACAUCGUAAAUAUCUGUCGAUAAAUCAUACUAAGCCUGCAUAGUGACUGUUGGUUUCUCAAGAAUCUAUACCUACAGUCUAGGAUUUGAUUUCCAAAAUUUUCACCUUUGACUAUAGAUGCCUCGCCAGCGAAAAAAUGUGACAUUUUCAACCAAAAGGUACCACAUUGUCGGUUGUCGAUAAAGUUGAUUUUUAAUUGAAGCUAUAUGGAAAUAGCGCCUUACUGACAAGCAUAGAGUAACUUAUACUAGAGCGGUACUGUCAUAGUAAAUUUUGUAACCCUAGUAAAUUCACUGCCAUCUGUCGACACACUUUAAAACUAAAAAUGAAGAUUUAUAAAAAUACGAUAGAAUGUAUUUAAAUAUAGAUAAAUUAUUUUUUUAUUUGCAUUAAUUAUUUGUAUGAUUUUGACCCAUGUUCUUUCACUGAUAUGCGUUAAAAUUGUUAAAUAACAAACGAAAUCGUCACCGCCAUCUAUACGACUGUAGGCCAAAACUAGUAGCGCCCUCUGGACGAGAAUCAAAUUUUCUUGAUUUCCGAGGCACGUUUUUUCCUUAGACUGUAUCUAUCUAUUACGGAGUUAUAUCUAUCUUUGAUUAGAGUAAAUUAAGAUGGGAAAAAAACGAGCAAUAAUUCAAAUCUUUCGGCUAUUGACUUAUUGAGAAAUUUUGAUCGUAAUAAUAUAAAAAAAUGUGCUAAAUUAAAUAAUUAAGUAAUGUUGUAAAUAAUAAAUAAGUCUGUUUCAAUAAAGUAUGGAUUCAA